GCAUUACCUGUCAAUAUCGCCACAACACCUGGUCGCAGCCGUGCGUCGUGUCGCUAUGAAGCCGAUCGGCCAGUUCGUAGGGCUUCUAUUAUUUGGAAUAUCAUCUUGUCAACUCAGAAUCCCAAAGCGUGAGUUAGGGUUUGUAUACAACGGAGGAAACGCAAAUGCCCCUGUGAAGGUCGACGCCUUUCUGGAUCUUCUUUGCCCCGACAGUAAACGGGCCUAUGGAAUCAUCAGACAAGUGGUUGAUCACUAUGGACCAAAAGUGAUCCAACUGCGAGUUCACAUCUUCCCUUUGCCGUAUCACAGAAACGCGUUUAUGGCUGGAAAGGGAGCGUUCGCCGUGGACAAAUUGACAGGGGGGGGAGCCGGACAUUCGACUGGAUCCACGACGUCUUUGACCAGAUGAGUAUGUUCUCCAACGGCUUCACCCACGGGGAGACAGGUGCAAGGGUGCUCAGUGACCUGAGCACUUUGGCGCAUGCGCUCGGAGUCCAGACAAAUGACUUCGAGAAUCUCAUGACUACGAAUGAAGACUUGGAGCUUGAUGCCCGUUUAGCCUGGAAAUAUGGCUGCUCACGCGCCAUACAUUCCACUCCAAUGGUGAUGAUCAACGAUGUUCUGCUUAACGUCCAGAAUCCCGAAAACCUAACAUAUGAGCAGUGGAUGUCUAUCAUUAGCGACUUAUUGAAACCAAGACGAAACCCAGGAAUAAAAAUAGUUAGACUUCGUAAGGAGAAUUGAUAUAUCUUGCUGACAUUCCUCCAGUAUCCCCAUCUUAUCACCACACGGGAGGAUCCACCACGGGAGUUUGGGGGAUAAAGUUCCCAAACUGCUCACAUCUACGUCAGGAACUUCAGUCUACGUCCCCAUUUUGAUCUUGAUCCGCAGUAAUUGUCCAAAUAAUACAGCACGACUGUACCAAUUGUUCCAAUAAUGCAGCACGACUGCACCAAUUGUUCCAAUAAUGCAGCACGACUGCACCAAUUGUUCCAAUAAUGCAGCACGACUGCACCAAUUGUUCCAAUAAUGCAGCACGACUGCACCAAUUUUUCCAAUAAUGCAGCACGACUGCAACAAUUGUUCCAAUAAUGCAGCACGGCUGUACCAAUUGUUCAAAUAAUGCAGCACGACUGCAACAAUUGUUCCAAUAAUGCAAAAUAUUCACACCAAAUUUCAAAUAAUAAAUAGCAUUAUUUCAAUUGCCAUAUUUAAGGCGAUUUAUUUACAAGUACUUUUCACAUAUAAACUUUCAAACAAUCAAAUACCACUGUUCAUCGUCUUUGACAGUUAGCGCUUUGUCAGUAAAACCUUUUUUUAUUCAU